AUGUUCUUCACCGACGACCUUCAAAUCGGUAAAAAUGGCUCACUGGGGAUAGUCUGGCUCAUGGCCACCCUUGGCCCCAAGAACAAGCGCAUUACCCGCAAAGCCAUCACUAACCUCGAAAUCCCUCACACGUGCGAGCUCAUCGGUCAACCUGCCGAGCCUAUGGCCCUGCGUUUGAGCGGUCAUCUUCUGGUCGGGGUCACCAGAGCAUACAACCAAAGUUACGAGAUCUUCUACCAUGACGUUCAAAACUUUGAUCUCGCUCUUCGUCGUUCCGUCACCAUCGGUCUAGGAGCGGACUCUCAGGUGGGUCUUCGUGCGGUCCCGCUAGCUUACUGCAGGUACGACCAUAUCACCUUCACCGAAGCCGAUGAGCUCUUCGACUUCAACUUUGCAGGGGGUCUGGAGUUUGGUGCCAUCGAUUGGAACAGACCCAUCAACGAGCAACGCAAACGCCGCGGGACGUCAAAGCUUUCCUCCUUGCAGCAGACGCAGUCAUCUCACUCGGUCUCUCAUCAAGGCGGAGACUUCAUCGGCUAUGGCUCGGACGAUGAUGAAGAGGCAUCCCAAGAUGGGAGCAAUGUCGGUCGAGGACGGAAGCGCAACUCUUCUGUGGCAACAAUGGACACGAUCAACAAGCGCCCUCGUCUUCCGACCCGAGAGCCGGAGAUCAUGGACUUUGCUCCAAUCGAGCUCGACAUCCUCGGCGACCUUGGUGACCCACUGCUUGAUGACAUUACCCAUGACCCACUGCAGCAAACAACCGACAUUCUUGACGUUGAUCUGCCUCUUCCAGCUGAGGGCAACCCGAGCUCCUAUGAUAACUCUCCUACAGAGAGUGAACACUCCGACGGACACGAAGCGACCAGGAAGACGAGGAGGAAGAAGCCUGCAAAGCGCUUGCGCUUAGACAAGGCUGUCGAUGACAACCUCUCCUACGAGGACAUGAUCGCGGAGCAGAGGGAAGACCGCCGUUCGAAGGUAACCGAAAACACCAACCGCGUUCAGGCCGCAUCACUCGUCGAUCGCGCAGGGUUGUUUGUUCAAUGUGAGUUAUAUCGACAUCCAAAGCUGACUUUCCAGUGGCAGACGGCGCCACCGCAGAUCGCCAAGGCUGGCACUGUCCCUCCUGCCGCUGUCCCCGACACUCAAAUUGACGCACAGCAAGAGGACUUCUUCCCCACAGACUAUGGCGACUACGUUCCGGAUCUACCCCUCCCUGAUCCUGAGAGUGGUCCAACCCGCUCCGCUAACACAGGGUUUGGAGGUCCUGCACCGACGCCACCUUCUUAUUCGAACGAUGCGCGCCGCAACCUGACCGCGACACCGGAGCAGCCCCGCCGUCUGUCCCAGAGGCUUCCCGUAAGAUAG